GCGCCGUUUUGACCAAGUCGAUGUCUCGUCGUCAUUCGACAAAUACACUGACGGGAUCCACCCUUUAUGACAAGGCUCUCGCGUGAGAUUCGAUAAAUGGCCGGGGUCUCUCCCACCACCCCGGAGGACUUUGAUUGACCCUGAAACGUGCAAAGGUGAUUGUCAAGCCGCCCAAGCCCCAAGUCUUGCGACUGAAGUAUGUUCUUGUUGGCCUCCAAGCCACAGUCGCGUAGAAAGUUCAAGGUAUCGGCCUUCCGAUUCCUCUCCAUUACUUGAACCACCUCCCCUCUGAAUCGUGAUUUGAUACCUCGUCAACAAGACUUUAAGCGCGUCUACUGUGUGAGCAUCCUGUGUUUAGCUGACCUCUCGCAAUGGACGGAGAAGGGGUCACGGCGAAAGCCGUUCACAAGGACGAAAACCCCGCCAGCGUUGAGCACGCUGAAAAGCCACAGCAGCAACACAAUGUCUUCGAUAUCGAAGGGCGCUCGGGCGGUCUCAACGCCGUCUUUGAAAACCCCUUGGCAGGCGUGCCGCGAGAGCAACUCCUCGACGACGUGGAGCGCUUUUGUCGCCAGUACGGUCUCGAAGCCCACUUGGACGAAUUCCGCAAGGGCGCCUUGAUCUCACAGAAUCCGCAGGGCGCCUUGGACCUUCCUGACCUGAGCGAGGCGGACAAGGAGACCCUCCGGCGGGAACAGACCCAUAAAUGGUCGCAACCUUGGCAGCUUUACUUCAUGGCAUCCAUGUGCUCUCUUGCAGCCGCUGUACAAGGUAUGGAUGAGACUGUCAACAAUGGCGCUCAGGCAAUCUAUCUCGAUGAACUUGGGAUCACUGCACCCCGAUUUUCAGAGCAAAUGCAAGAUUACCUUACUGGGCUCGUCGUGGGCGCACCUUAUCUAGCGUGUGCAAUACUCGGUUGUUGGCUUACCGAGCCAAUGAACAGAUAUUUGGCGCGACGUGGGACAAUUUUCUGGUCCUGCUUUAUUGCGGCAGUAGCUUCCAUCUGGGAAGGCGUGGCUAAUUCCUGGGUUAACCUCUUCAUUGCACGGUUUGUCCUUGGCCUUGGUAUUGGUUCCAAAUCAUCGACAGUGCCCGUGUAUGCGGCUGAGUGUUCCCCGGCCCCCAUCCGAGGUGCCCUUGUUAUGAUGUGGCAGAUGUGGACAGCAUUCGGCAUUAUGCUUGGUAAUAUCAUGGGCGUUGCCUUUAUGGGCGUAUCGAGGGACCUUUCAUGGCGUCUUAUGCUUGGAUCCACAGUGGUCCUGCCCCUCGUCGUCUGCGCGCAAGUCUACUUCUGCCCGGAGUCCCCUCGGUGGCUUAUUCAACACAACCGAAUUCCCCAGGCUUUCGAGUCUUUCCGCACUCUCCGCCCCACUGAUCUGCAGGCGGCCCGAGACUUGUACUAUGCGUACGUCCAGGUGGAGCUGGAACGGAAAGUCAACACCGGCAAGAACUUCUUCUCCAUGUUCCUCGAGCUCUUUACAAUCCCACGCAAUCGUCGUGCCACACUUGCUAGCUGGAUUGUCAUGUUUCUUCAACAAUUCUGUGGAGUGAAUGUGAUAGCUUACUAUUCCACAACCAUAUUUCAAGAUUCCGGAUAUAGUAUCCAGCAAGCCCUAUUGGCCAGCAUGGGAACAGGGAUCUUGAAUUGGGUUUUUGCACUCCCAGCAUUCUUCACCAUUGACACCUGGGGCCGCCGGAACCUGCUGCUCUUCACGUUUCCAUUUUUAGCCAUCUGCCUUCUGUGGAGUGGCUUUUCAUUCUGGAUUGAGCCGGACAACGACACCAGUAAGAAGCGGGUGGCCAUGGUCACAACGGGCAUGUAUCUGUUCGAGGUAUUUUAUUCCCCGGGUGAGGGACCUGUGCCGUUCACCUAUUCUGCCGAAGCAUUCCCACUGCAGGUGCGUGAGGUUGGCAUGUCAUGGGCCACUGCGACAACAUGGUGUUUCAACUUCAUUCUGUCGUUUACCUGGCCUAUGCUCCUAAGAGCAUUCAAGCCUCAGGGUGCAUUCGGAUGGUAUGCCGCAUGGUGUGCAAUCGGAUGGUUCCUGGUCCUGCUGUUUGUGCCAGAGACUAAGGAACUCACACUGGAAGAGCUUGAUCAAGUCUUUUCAGUCUCGACGCGCAAGCACGCAUCCUACCAAUUGAAGAAUGCAUGGUGGCAUUUCCGCGUUUGGGUACUUCGGCAGAAGUUGGAACCACUGCCCAGAUUCUAUGAGCAUGCGGAGAACCUGGCGGAAGGGCACGCAGAGAGCCACCCACAGGAGUAUAAUGAGAAAUGAUCAGUUCUAGGAUAUAGUAUCGCUGUUGGUAGUCGUGCAGUGCUCUCCCUGGGGCUCUUUGACGAUAAUGAAGACUAAUGGUUGUGGUAAUAUGUCAGUUGAUGGAUGCGAGUGAUUAGUUGUUUGAUACCUGAGCUUAAUACUCGAGAAUAAUAUCUGCUAUUCCGUAUUUGAC